GCUGACGAUCAGUACUUCGAAGAAAUCAUGGACACACGAUUGGUUCUGCUGGCCCUGGCCAUCUGUGGGCUCGCUGUGGGAGCCAAGCUACCUGUGGACAGCGACGAAAAUGGUCUUGGAUUGCCGUCUGCUAUUGUUGGAGGAACAAAGGCCGCAAAGGAUGCGUGGCCAUGGCAGGUGAAUCUGCGGUACAGGAGAGACUUUACGUGUGGCGGUACACUUCUUAAUGGCGAUACCGUACUGACGGCGGCUCACUGUGUCAACGAAAGAAAGACAAAGCAGUUCAGAGUAAUAGUAGGGGAUUACAACCGAAAAAGGAACGAAAAGAAGAAUAGAGGUGAAAAAAAGAUAAAAGUGAACGAAAUAAUAAAGCAUCCUGAUUAUGACGGUGGAGUUCUACAUGAUCUGGCAAUCAUGAAGCUUAAGAAAAAUGUGACGUUUAAUAAAUACAUUCAACCAAUACCCGGACUGGCGAAUGACACCAUGGACUUGAUGAACAGUACUUGUUAUGUUACUGGAUGGGGAGCAAACAGAGGACCAUCGAGUUCAGCGAGAAUCCUUCAGGAACUUCAAACACCUGUGGUGACCAAUGCACAGUGUCAGACCGGCAUCGAGUUCGAUUAUCCUGUCACUGACGAUAUGAUCUGUACGGAUUCGGAACCAAAAGGCUCCUGUUAUGGUGACAGUGGCGGUCCUCUCCAGUGCUUGGUGGAUGAUACCUGGGUACAUGCGGGAGCGGUAUCGUGGGGUAACGAGGACUGCAGAGUCGGCCCUUCCGUGUAUGCGAGGACCUCUUAUCACAGGGAUUGGAUAUUGAAUAACAUGUAGAGAGUAAUACCACAAAUCAAAUAUGAACUUAAACAGGCAGCCGUUGGGUGACCAUGAUGUAAAAUUUCUAUAUGUUGAUAACCUACACCGACCAUCUUAGUUUAUAGGAACUGUGAAGUAGUGUAUGCUCAGAACAUUAAGAAGAUUUAGAGAAUUACAAUACCAGCGUGUUCGUGACAGCAUCUUGCAUUCUCAUGUCAACAUGCUGAUGUAAAUACCAUUUGCGUCUUUACGUUAUUGAAGCUUAGCAUUGUUUUUAUAUACAUAAUAUAUAUAUAUAUACAUUCCUUAAUAAAUCUAUUGUUUUCCUA